AUGGACACAGCAGUAUCAAUAGAAGAUCAAUUAUCCAAGCUACAUCCAUGUCUGCCUGUAAAUACAAAAAUUGGAAUAGUAGGAGGAGGUCCAAGUGGCAUAUCAGCCGCUUAUGCUCUAACUAGACUUGGCUACACUAAUGUGACAGUAUUAGAGAAGCAUCAUACUGUAGGUGGCAUGUGCGAAUCAGUUGUGAUUGAAGGAAAGAUAUAUGAUCUCGGUGGUCAAGUUCUUGCUAAAAACAGCGCACCGGUCAUAUUUCACCUGGCAAAAGAGGCUGAACUAGAAUUAGAAGAAAUGGACUCCCACAAGCUUGCUCUCAUUGACAGCUCUACAGGGAAAUAUGAGGACAUCAAUGUGAAAGAUGAUUAUGUAUCUGUCAUGUCUCUGACCUUAGAACUUCAGGAUAAGGCAAAGGAUUCAGGUCAAAUUGGGAUCCAUGCUAUUAGCAAAUUUGCGUCAGAUUUAACUCCAACGUAUCUUGAGUGUCGUGGAUUGAAAUCUGUUCCUAAAUCUGUAGCUUAUGGAUACACUGCAUCCGGCUAUGGACUUCCUCAAGACAUGCCUUAUGCUUAUAUUCAUGAAUUCACUCGGACUUCUAUGGCUGGAAAGCUAAGACGUUUCAAGGGCGGAUACACUAGUCUAUGGCAGAAGGUUGCUGAAGCACUUCCAAUUGAAGUUCAUUGCAAUACUGAAGUAUUGGCAGUCAGACGCAAAUCUGAUGGUGCAAGUGUUGAUAUAAAAAAUAGCAGAGGAGAAGUCAAAGAGAUGGAGUUUGACAAGAUUAUCAUUUCUGGUGCCUUUCCUUUCAAAGAUGGAAAAACUUACAGAUCAGCAACUGCGGAGUCAAAAGAACCUGAGAAUGAAAUAAUGGAUCUCGGUGACCUUGAAGGAGAGUUAUUCAGCAAAGUCCGGACAAUUGACUAUUACACCACUGUUUUAAAGACUAAAGGGCUAGAAGAUAUGCCAAUGGGCUUUUAUUACUUCGGUGAAUAUAUGGAUGAUCCUGCAACAACAGGACGUCCAGUUGCAAUGCAGAAAUUUUAUGCUGAUACUGACAUUUUCUUGUUCUGGUCUUAUGGAAACGCUGUUGAUAUUACGGGACCAACUGUAACUGACCUUGCCAUCAAAGUAGUUAAGAACAUGGGAGCAGAAGUUGAGAAGGUGAUCCUACAACGAAGAUUUAGGUACUUCCCUCAUGUUAGUAGCCAAGAUGUGAAAGAUGGGUUUUAUGAGAGACUGGAGUCUGAACUUCAAGGUCUGAGGAACACUUACUAUGUAGGUGGGCUUAUGGCAUUUGAGCUCACAGAGAGAAACGCGUCCUAUGCAAUGGCUCUAAUGUGCAAGCACUUUGCCAAUUACAAUUCUUUGCCAAUGUUUCCAUAUGUUAAGAGUUUGUUCCCACUGCAAUCAGUUUUCUGUGACUUAAAAUCUAAGGAACUAGGAGAGCUUCCAGGAGUGGAGUUCCCUGAUCUAUCCAACCUUGCCGCUUAUUUGAAACACUGGGCAAUGCACAAAGUCACACAAAAUAAAACAUUGUAUACCUGGAUUAAUGAAGAAGGGGCAGCGGUGUGUCAGAGGACUUACGCAGAGGUUCUAGCCAACGCUUCUUGCAUUUCUCACAAGCUCUUGACCAGCCAAAAACCAGCUGUCAAGCCUGGAGACAGGGUCCUAUUAAUCCACGUACCAGGCCUGGACUUCGUCGAUGCCUUCUUUGGGUGCUUAAUAGCUAAAGUCAUACCAGUCCCAGUUCUACCUCCAGACCCUCUGCAAAGAGGUGGACAAGCACUUCUGAAGAUCGAAAACAUUGCUAAAUGUUGUAAUGCAGUGGCCAUCCUGUCUACCACUCGUUAUCACUCAGCAGUUCGAGCAGGUUUUGUGAAGAAUCUGAUCUCAUUGACAGGAAAAAAUGGCAAAUCUUCUGCUCGCUGGCCUGAUCUGCCAUGGAUACACACAGAUUCUUGGAUAAAAAACUCAACUGACGUGCUUCCAAGAAAAAUGGAUUAUCAAUCUGAGCCUCAACCGGAUGAUUUGUGUUUUCUUCAAUUUACGUCAGGGUCCACUGGUGAUGCUAAAGGCGUCAUAAUAAGCCAUAGUGGGCUCAUUCACAAUGUGAAGUUGAUGCGAAGGAGGUACAAGAGCACCUCGAAGACAGUACUAGUAAGCUGGCUUCCCCAGUAUCAUGACAUGGGGCUGGUUGGUGGACUUUUUACAGCUCUAGUUAGUGGUGGAUCAGCAAUUCUAUUUUCGCCAUUGACCUUCAUUAAAAACCCACUCUUAUGGCUUCAGACUAUGAGCAAAUACAGGGCUACUCACAGUGCUGGCCCCAACUUUGCUUUUGAGCUAGUGAUUCGAAGAUUAGAGUCUGACAGGGAAAAAGUCCGCAACUAUGACCUCUCUUCCAUGGUUUUCCUUAUGGUUGCUGCUGAACCAGUGCGGCAAAAAACGUUGAAAAGAUUUAUCGAGCUUACUCGCCCUUUCGGCCUUUAUCAAGAGGUGAUGGCUCCUGGUUAUGGGUUGGCUGAGAAUUGUGUCUUUGUCAGCUGUGCAUUUGGGGAAGGUAAACCCAUCUUGAUUGAUUGGCAGGGAAGAGUCUGCUGUGGAUACGCUAAUCCAGCUGAUGCAGAUGUUGACAUCAGGAUAGUUGAUCCUGAGAAUGGUGAAGAAUUUGAAGAGCCUGGCAAGGAAGGAGAGAUAUGGAUUAGUAGUGCAAGUGCUGGAGUUGGGUAUUGGGGCAGGGAAGAACAUAGCCAAAAAACUUUCAGAAAUGUUCUCCAAAAUCACCCUGGAAGAAUAUAUACUAGAACUGGAGAUUUAGGAAGAAUUAUUGAUGAAAAAUUGUUCAUCACUGGAAGAAUCAAGGAUCUAAUCAUUGUAGCAGGACGAAACAUUUACUCAGCGGAUGUGGAGAAGACAGUUGAGAGUGCAUCUGAACUUCUGCGUCCCGGUUGCUGUGCAGUAGUUGGCGCUCCAGAGGAAGUUUUAUCAUCAAAAGGGAUUUUAGUUCCAGAUGGUUCAGACCAGGUUGGCUUGGUUGUAAUUGCUGAGGUCCGAGAUGGUAAGCCAGUUGAUAAGGAUGUUGUUGAAAACAUUAAAAACCGUGUUACAGAAGAACAUGGUGUCCCUGUGGCUUGUGUCAAACUUAUCAAGCCAAGGACCAUCAGUAAAACAACCUCAGGUAAAAUUAAGAGAUUUGAAUGCCUCAAACAGUUUACUGAAGGAACUCUAAAUGUUGUGCCGGACCCAAUUUUUUCAAAAAGAACAUUUGUCCGGUCCUUCUCCUCUGGUACAUGCAAGGAGGGAAGAACACCACGACCUCAACUACUGAGCUCUCCGAUACAGAAAUCUAAACUGGGUAACAGAGAAAUUAUAGAGUUCUUAAAGGGGAUUGUUUCUGAGCAGACAGGAAUUCCUGCUGGUAACAUCUCUACCAUAGAGUCUCUAACAUCUUAUGGAAUCGACUCGAUAGGUGUGGUCAGAGCAGCUCAAAAACUUUCAGAUUUUCUUGGUGUGCCAAUUGGAGCAGUAGAUAUCUUCACUGCUACUUGCAUUGCAGACUUGGCAAGCUUCUCUGAGAAUCUCGUGAUGAAGUCUCAACCUCAUCUGAUAGACUCUGAAUCUCAUCUUCCGCAACUAGAUAUGGACUCCGCUGAUCUAAUGACUGAAAUUUCUAGGGCUCACCAAAUCUAUAUAUGGAUUUUCCAACUUCUUGCCCUCAUUUACAUUUCCAUCAUGCUAAGCUUACCUGCUUAUUUAUCAGUUUCUGCUUUUACAAGCUUGAUCUCAGCCAGCCAUACAUCAGCAGAUAAAGUUCACUGGUCAGCCUACUUGAUUUCCUUGGCCUCAGCUCCUCUUGCUUGGGUCUUAUGCAUAGUGUCUACCUGUAUUUCAAUUGCUUUCCUUGGAAAUUCUUUUUUAAGACCAAACUAUGCCCUGACGCCUAAAACCUCAAUCUGGUCAACAGACUUUGUUAAGUGGUGGGCACUUUAUAAGGCCCAAGAAAUAUCUUCCAAAGUUUUUGCAGAGCAUUUGAGAGGGACACCGUUCCUUAAUUAUUGGUUUGAGGUUCUUGGAGCCAGGAUUGGGUCAUCAGUUUUGCUCGACACUGUUGCUAUAACGGACCCAUCACUAGUUUCAAUUGGAGAUGGAGUUGUCAUUGCAGAAGGGGCAUUGAUUCAAGGCCAUGAGGUGAAGAAUGGAAUUUUGAGCUUCAACCCCAUUAAGAUUGCCAGAAAUUCCUCGGUUGGUCCGUAUGCUGUAGUCCAGAAAGGAAGUGUAAUAGGAGAAGGAGUUCAUGUUCCACCACUGCAAAAGUAUGAAGCAGACAAAAUCACAUUCAAAUCUAGCAAGGUCCAAAAGGGUGCAGUGCAUCAGAAUCCGGAUAUGUCUCAGAAUGGAGCAAUUUACCAUUUCAUGGGCAUCUACAUGGUCGGUUUGCUCAGCACUGUCUCAGCAGCCAUCAUCUACCUCUUUUUCAUUUGGCUUUCUCAAAGGCCUGCAUCCCUUCAAUACUUCUCAUUUCUUUGCAUCUCUGGAGCCUUUCACUGGGUUCCAUUAACCAUUAUUGCCUAUGCCACAAUGUUUGUUACCGUUGCAUUGAACCCAAUUGACUUUGCAAUCUCAGUCGCUAUUGCCUAUUUAGCUCAUGGCGUGAUACUUAGCUUCCUUACAUGCACUUUGACCCAUUUUCUUUCUGAAAAACAAGAGAAAAAGCAAUUCCACUUAAAGACUUGGCUUCGCCAUCGAAUUACCAUAGCAUGCCAUAUUAGAUUUGCUAAACUCCUAUCUGGAACAGAAGCCUUCUGCAUUUAUUUACGCCUGCUCGGUGCAAAAGUAGGAAAACAUUGUUCUAUCCGGGCCAUCAACCCUGUUUCAGACCCUGAAUCGAUUACAAUUGGUGCUGGUGUCCAUCUCGGUGACUUUAGCAGGAUCAUUGCUGGGUUCUAUUCAUCUAGUGGGUUCACCCGAGGGAAAAUUGAGGUGCAGAAUAAUUCAGUAGUUGGGAGUCAAAGUUUGGUCCUCCCUGGUUCUGUUCUUCAGAAAGAUGUAAUUCUUGGUGCUCUUUCUGUUGCUCCAAUGAAUUCAGUUCUUCAAAGCGGUGGCGUAUAUAUUGGUUCUCAAACACCAGUCAUGAUUAAGAACACCAUGCAUGCUUUGGAUGACAGGAUAGAAGAGAUGGACGUUAAAUAUAGAAAGAUAGUUGGUAAUCUUGCUGCGAAUUUGGCUGCCACAACAUUGAAGGUUAAAUCCAGGUACUUCCAUCGCAUUGGUGUUAGUGGAAAGGGACACUUGCAGAUGUAUAACAAUAUCAAAGGAUUGCCUGAACAUAAUAUUUUCAAGGCUGGUAAGAGGUAUCCAAUUGUAGUCCGCCACAGCAAUAGCUUGAGUGCUGAUGAUGAUGCAAGGAUAGAUGCACGUGGUGCAGCAAUAAGACUACUUUCAGAUGAAAAAGAAAUUGGUGCUAGCUUUUCACUUCUUGACAUUACACUAAAAACAGGCAAGGCUUUCUAUGCCCGAACAGUUGGUGAUUUUGCGACGUGGCUAGUGUGUGGCCUUCCUGCAAGGGAGGAGUUUGUGAAGCGAGUCCCUCAUAUCCGUGAUGCAGUGUGGAUGUCUCUUCGCAAUUCUGACUCAUAUGCUGAGCUACAUUAUUAUUCCAACAUUUGCAGGCUUUUCAGGUUCACAGAUGGACAGGAAAUGUAUGUGAAAUUCAAGCUGCGGCCUUAUGAUGCAAACAUCAGUGAGGAUUCAGGUAAAGUGGAGCCUACUGCAAUUCUCCCACCAGAAACAGGUGCAAUUCCAAGGGAUGAUAAAGACACUCGCCCCUUACUUUUCCUUGCUGAAGACUUCCAACGCCGAGUAAGUUCCCCUGGCGGGGUUUGCUACAUUUUCCAAUUGCAAAUCCGAGCUGUUCCUGAUGAUGAAGCCAUCCGUGAUAUUGCACUUGACUGCACUAAACCAUGGGAUGAGACUGAAUUCCCAUAUAUUGAUGUUGGCGAAAUUACUAUUGAUCAAAAUCUUACUGGUGAAGAGUCAGAAAGAUUGGAAUUUAAUCCUUAUCUGCGCUGUCCUGAGAUAGAUGUUAUUAGAGCUACAUCUUGUUCACAAAGUGCUUCAAUUGAUCAUGGUCGUUCAUUGAUCUACGAAAUCUGUCAGCAUUUGCGAAAUGGUGAGCCACUUCCAGAAGCCUGGAAAAUGUUCAUAGAGCAAUCUGAUGUUGAAGUGGACCUGUCAGGCUGUCCAAUGGCUGCAGUAUUGGAGAAAAAGGACUCAGGAAAAGUAACACUAGCAAGAACUUGGUAUCAGACUUCAUGGGCUAUUCUUGGUCAACCAUUGCUACAAACAGUGUUUCCAUAUUUCCUAAUGGGAUUGGUAAUCUUUGCGCCACUAAAUUUGGUCCUUUUCUUGAAGGAAAGUAAGAAGAUUUCACUGCAUUGGUUGCUUCCUUUGUUUUGGUUUUCAUCUGGGAUUCUAGCUGCAUUAGUUUGUGUUGUGGCUAAAUGGAUUCUUGUUGGGAAAAAGAAAGAGGGUGAAACAACACUAAUUUGGAGCAAAGGGGUUUUCAUGGACACUAUAUGGCAAGCUUUUAGAACCAUAGUUGGGGAGUAUUUCAUAGAAAUGACUAGUGGAUCAGUCUUGUUUAAUUUAUGGUUAAAGUUGAUGGGUUCAGAUAUUAACUUGCACCAAGGUGCAUAUAUUGAUAGUAUGGGAGCUGCACUGAAUCCUGAAAUGGUGGAAAUAGAGAGAGGUGGUUGUGUAGGAAAAGAAGCUAUACUAUUUGGACACAUAUAUGAAGGUGAAGGAGGAAAAGUUAAAUUUGGUAAAAUAAGAGUAGGAGAAUGUGGGUUUGUAGGAAGUAGAGCGAUUGCUAUGCCUGGAGUAAGAGUGGAAAGUGGUGGGAAUCUUAGUGCUCUAUCACUUGCCAUGAAAGAAGAAAUAGUUAGGUUAAGGUAAGUGGUUUGUCCAUCCAAGUAAUUGUCAUUACUACUGUGACAUAAUAGAUAUAUGUAAUACCCAUUGGCUAGUUUUCUCAAAUAAAUUGCCAGCAUUAUAGAAAUUGAAAAGAAAAUUUGUGGAAACUUUCAAUAUUUCCUUUUAAUUUUGCCCUUAAUGUAUUAUUCUAAGGUUUUAAAUUGAAUAAAUAUUUUCUUUCG